UGUGGGUGUGGCUUAGAAAGGCUUAUAAAAAAGAUUGAACGGUUCGGUUCAGAUUGUUUUACUUCCAUCUACACUGUGAAGUCCAAAUCCAAACUCCAAUUCAAUCCUCUACAAACCCUAACCUUGUUGCUGCACCUGGAUGGCCGAUUCAGCUGCUAAUCAAUCGGUGUCAAAACGCAAGAGAAUGAAACUCUCUCCGGACAAAGACACAGCGGUUGGCAGUACUGACAGAAUCAGCAAUCUACCGAACUCUCUUCUUUGCCACAUCCUUUGUUUUCUUCCUACCAACGAAGCCAUCGUCACAAGCAUUUUAUCGAGCAGGUGGAAGCCACUUUGGACUCUCGUCCCAAAAAUCGAUCUCCACGAUACAUCCAUCAGAGGCCACAGUGUUUCGCCUCUACGCAUACUCUACAGUGUUUUAGCUCAACACACGACACCCAUCCUCUCAAAUUUCACCCUCUCAUGGCAUUCUCCUUGUGACUCUUCCCAUUUUGACAAAUGGAUCGACACCGCCAUAUCGCGUAAUCUCCGGCAAUUCGAUCUCCAUAUUGAGAGUAGACAAGUUUUCGAGCUGCCCCAUGCCGUUUUUCAUUGCAAAACAUUAGUGUCUCUGGAAUUAAGCGGCGAAAUCGAGCUCGAUCCUCCUCCUUCCUUUCAACUCCCAAGCUUAAAGAUUCUGGGUCUGUACGAAAUAUGUUAUACAUCCCACAACUCUUUCUCGGGCCUCUGCUCUGCCUCUGCCUGCCCGAGCCUCGAAGAUUUGGAAGUAGUGAAAGAUGAUAAUUACAUUGUAACUAAUUUUAAAAUAAACGUACCUACUCUGAAACGUUUACAUAUCGAGGUUGUGUCAUGUUUCAAUGAACUCCCUGACUUCAAACUUGAGAUAUAUGCCCCAGUUCUCGAGUACUUCCAUUUUUUUGGCGAUUUGCGCAGCAUCAUUUUCCUUGAAAAACUAGCCAAUUUAGUUGAAGCACGUAUCAAUGUUUCUGCAGAUAACGAUUGGAUUCGUGUGCAGGGCCAGCUGAACCUAUAG